CAGAUGCAACAUAAAAUUGAAUUAACGGAUAGCCACAAUUUUUUUUCAAAAGUAGCGUACAGUAUCUCUAUUUAAUAGUGUACACACACUACACCAAUUGCAAGAGAUUCCAUAAUUGAUUCCCAAAAAAAAAAAAAAAAAAAAAAUGAAUUAAUCUUCACAAAUGGCAAUAUUCAUCAUCGAAUAUCCCGAGUUUUUCUUCAUCUUCGUCCCUUUUUUCUUUCUCUACCUCUUCCGCUGCAUAAGCGGAAGGUGGAAAAAGAGUUCGUCGAAGCCGACGAACUGGCCGCUGGUCGGGAUGCUGCCGGCGGUUGUUCAGAAUCUGCACCGCAUACACGAUUACGCAACCACAGUUCUAACCGAGUGUGGCGGUACUUUCGAGUUCAAAGGCCCCUGGUUCUGCCACGUGGACAUGGUUGUCACAAGCGACCCUGCAAACAUCCACCACAUUUUCAGCAGAAACUUCUCGAACUAUCCGAAGGGCCCCGAGUUCCGAAAGAUGUUCGAAAUCUUGGGGGACGGAAUCUUCAACGCCGAUUUCGAGUUGUGGGAGCUUCACCGGAGAACCACUCUUUCGAUGCUGACUCACCCCGAAUUCCCGGAUUUCUUGGAGGUCAAUGUUUGGCACAAGGUGCAAACCGGCCUCUUGCCGGUUCUCGAUUAUUUUGCGGAAAACGGAGAUUAUUUCGAUUUGCAGGAUGUUUUCCAGCGGUUAACUUUUGAUGGUAUUUGCAAAUUAGUGCUGAACUACGAUCCAUGCAGCUUGUGUGUCGACUUACCCUACAUUCCGUCGGAAAAGGCAUUCAACGAUGCCAUCGAGGCGCUACUGUACCGGCACGUACUUCCCGAGACUAUUUGGAAGCUGCUCAAAUGGCUGCAGAUAGGUACGGAGAGGAAGCUUCUAGAAGCGUGGAAGGCGUUCGACGAAUUCAUAUACCCGCUUAUCCCUAAUUCUUCGAAAGAAGAAAGCGACGAUUACAACAUGUUGGCGUCUUUUCGAAAGGCGUACGAAGAGAAAUUAUCGACCGGUUUGAGUACUACUACAACAACUACGGACUUUCUGAGGGACACUGCGUUGAGUUUGAUGCUUGCAGGUCGAGAUACAACGAGUACUUGUCUGACGUGGCUUUUCUGGCUAAUCGCUACGAACCCUUCAACCGAAACGAAGAUUCUUGAAGAAAUCGAGACCGAAUUAAAUCUUCAUCAAGAAGACAAGAAAUGGAGAUCGUUCAGUGUGGAAGAGUCGCGAAAGUUGAUUUAUCUACACGGGGCUUUGUGCGAGUCUUUGAGGCUAUUCCCUCCGGUGGCUUUGGAGCAUAAAGCUCCGAUUGAACCCGACAUUCUUCCGAGCGGUAAUCAACUAAAACCGAAUACUAAAGUGAUAGUUUCGUUCUAUUCGACCGGAAGAAUGGAGUCGGUGUGGGGAAAAGAUUGCUUGGAGUUCAAGCCAGAGAGAUGGAUUUCGGAUAGUGGCAGGACAAAGCACGAGCCUUCUUACAAGUUUCCGGCAUUUAAUGCCGGACCAAGAACUUGUCUCGGCAAAGAGAUGGCGUUCGCUCAAAUGAAAAUGGUGGCGGCUACGAUUAUAUAUCGUUACAAGAUUGAGCUUCUGGAAGGUCGUGGUUAUCCGGUUGUUUCUCCUCGUGACUCCAUUAUACUACAAGCCAAACAUGGAUUGAAGGUCAGGUUAUCUACAAGAAAUUAUUAAUGUCUGAUUAACUAAAGAAGCUGUCGAAUUUGGUGUUUUGUUUUAAAAUCAAGAUUUGGUGUCUUAGCAUUGUAAAUUAUGGUGUAAGAGAUUUAUAAUUGAUGUAAGGGCAAAUUAUAACCUUGAGCCAUAUGCUGAAAUUACGAAAAAGUCUCUCAUGUUUGGGUAAUUACAACUACCCCUCAAUUAUGUAUUGUGAUAUGUCAAACUUAUCUACUGAUGAAGGAGGGUUUAAGGCAAUACACAAUUGAACGAGUGGUUGUGCUUAUCAAAAAACGAGCGAUUUCUUUUCGUAAUUUCAGCUUAUUUCGAGAGUGACCGUAAUUUGUCCGGAAUAGUAAUGUUUGUGGUCGGUGAUUGUGUGGUGUGAAACGUUUCAAGAUAAAGGCACAUGUGAUUGAUUGCCUUUUACAUCAGUAUUUCAGUUCUAUGAAUAUUUGCUUGAGAUUUUGAAUUCAA